CUAUAUAUAUACCUCAAAAAGAGUACAAACACUUGGGUGUGGCGGGCGUGUUUCCAAUCUCCUUUAUUUCCAAAUUUUCCCACUAAUAAUCGUCGUUUGAAAAUCCACUUGAAAGAAAGAAAAAAGAACAGGUGAAAGUCACAAGCCCUGUUACGUAAUGAGGAACAGAAGGGUUGCUCAGGUGUCCACUAGCGACGACGAGGAUGAAGUACCGAUGACUCGCAGACGGUCUCGGUCCGAAGAUAAGAGACCAGAAAGGAAGAGGAAGAAAAUGAAGUUACAAGACGAAGACGAUGAAGAGGAUGAUGAGCAGAUGGAAUCCAAUAAGAGGAAGAAGAAGAAGAAGCAAGACGAGGAAGAAGAAGAAGAGCCGGAGGAAGAGGGAAUUCAGGAGGAUGCCAAGCCGAUAGGGAAAGUCGUUAGGGUUUCUGGGAAAGGGAGAGGGAGGAGGAGUCAUUAUGAGAGUUUUGAGUUUGAUGGCAAUCGAUAUGAUCUCUGUUGGUUUACAGGAGGAUCCGGUUCUUUUAGUUCCUGAAGAUACAAAGCAAAAGCCUUAUGUGGCUAUCAUUAAGGACAUUAGUCAGACUAAAGAUGGGAGCAUUAUGGUUACCGGGCAGUGGUUUUAUCGCCCUGAAGAGGCUGAGAAAAAAGGCGGUCGAAGCUGGCCAUUAAAUGAUACAAGGGAACUUUUCUAUAGCUUCCACCGUGAUGAGGUUCCAGCAGAAUCCGUGAUGCACAAGUGUGUGGUGCACUUUGUUCCCAUACACAAGCAAAUUCCAAACCGUAAAGAGCAUCCAGGUUUUAUUGUGCAGAAUGUCUAUGACACAGUGGAACGGAAGCUUUGGAAGCUGACUGAUAAAGAUUAUGAGGAUAAUAAACAGCAUGAGAUUGAUCUUCUUGUUCAGAAAACUUUAUCGCGAUUGAGAGACCUUCCUGACCUUGAGUUUGAUUCUACUGCUGCAGUUUUUGAUCAGGAAGAGCAGUUGAAGGCAAAAAGAACUCUCAGAAAAAAGAACAUUUCACCCCUUGAUGUUACCAGGAAUGAUGAAGGAAGUACCAGGUCUAAUCAAAGUUUGAAAGCUGAAACACCUGGAAGCUGUCCAAGUAAUACCAAUGAAUAUUACACAAUUUUGUCGAAAGCUAAGGUGCUAACUGGAGAAACCCAUCGUGAUAAGUGGAUGACCAGGCUUCUUCAAGGAGUUCAGUACAUGUGUAGUUGUCCUGAUGGCUUGGAACGUGAAAGAGACAUUAAGAGUCCAAGAAUUGCUAAUGGAUCUCAAGAGAAGAGUUCAAAUAGCAGCAAAUCUUUUACAUGGCCAGAUGCUGCUGUUCCUGCUAUCACUGCCCUUGAGAAGGCCUCACAUGAUGCACUUUGUUCUGAUUUCCAGAAGUAUAACCAGAAGUUACGGCAGCUUGAGUUCAAUCUUAAGAACAAUGCAUUUCUAGCUCGUCGUUUACUAAAUGGAGAAUUAGAACCUUCAACAAUACUGAACAUGUCGCCAAAUGAGUUAAAGGAGGGUUUAACUGCAGAAGAGACGGCCAAAAAAGAGCCUGAUGAGUCAGAGCGCAUGCAGAUGACUGAUGCUCGAUGCUCAAGAUGCAUGGAAUUUAAAGUUGGUCUAAGGGACAUCAUCCAAGCAGGACAUGGAGACCGUUACCAGUUGGAAUGUGGUGCUUGUGGACAUUCCUGGUAUGCUUCUAGAGAUGAGGCUGCUUCACUUACAAUAGAGCCCUCACUGCCAAAGUUGCCGGUAAGGUGUGAUCAGCCACAGCUAAGCCUGAAAAAUUCAGAGAAGCUAGUUAGUCUCCGUGAGUCAGAAUCUGCAGUGAAGGUAGAGUAGGAAAAUCACUACGGUUAGGAACAAAAUUGACCAUUUGUACAGUUGAAUGGCGACCUAGUGAUGGUUAAAACCCAGAGUACAUAGGCAUAUACAUUACAUCCACAUGAAGGUUAGGAUAUAACAUUGAGGUUUCAGCAAAGAAUUAUUAUUGAUCUAUGCUGAAACAAGUCGAAUUAACCAGUAUUUUUUUUCAAGGUACUGAAUAUAUAGUAGCACAAUGUACAAAAAUCAAUUUAGACCCCCAUUUUGAGCCAUAAGAUUAUUUUCACCAUUUUCUUCUGACCGGUUAUUUUUAAGCAACUUUGCCAAGAAACGUGGCUAGAGCCAUCUGAAGUAAAGGGUUGGCUAACAUAAUGGAGUGUGGUUGCGUAGGCUGGCGCCUACGCCAUCAAUCUUUUUUUGAAAGGAUUAAUAUGGCGGCCAUGUUUUGUAUGGGUGGUUGCCCAGCUGUAGUAGUUAAUGCUACUUUUAUAGCAAGAGAAGAGAUUCCAUUUUCGUUUUAGCUAUUAAAAGUUAUUCCAACUUAUUGGCUCUUGCAGGUAGCCAUGUUAAUCUUAGAUUAGAAAUAUCUAACCACUCCAUCUUGAAGGCAUAAUUGAAAAUUUUGGAAGUGAAUAAAUAGGAGACGUAAACCAGCAGCAGCUUCCAGUAGGGUAAAUGUGUAUAUUUGGAAACAUUCACAGGAAUAAUGUUCAUCUAUUUUGUUUUUUUCUCAAUUUAAUUUGUAUUUUUUAAAAUUAAA